AUUUAAACCAACCCAAAACAAAGCCUUGUAGAUUAAAUAAUCCAUUACCUCCUAAUCGGUCCAUAUAACUCAACCCGAGAAUUCAAAUUUCAAAAUAAUAGAAACCCCAAUCUCCAUUUCUCCACCAAUACCAAUUUCAAUUUUCCGGUUGAAUUUCUCUCUCGAAUUGACUUCACUCACUUCCGCCUGAAGGAAGCAUUGUGAGGAUGUCGUCAAAAUCAGACAUGAAAGGCUACUAUAAGCAAAGGAAGAAUUCUGGUGGAGUUACAAAGUCAAAUCCUAAAUCUUCUGUUUCCUCAACUAAGAAAUCGUCCUUGACCCCGAAGAACACGGCCACUUAUGGAUCUGAUAUUACCCAACCUCCUGCUCUUAUUGCACACGGUUCCCCUGAUCUAAAAGAUGAUCAUGAUUCCAAAGAGGAAGUGCUUAGGCAAUUUGACAUGAACAUGAUGUAUGGACCUUGCAUUGGGAUGACCAGGCUUGCGCGUUGGGAACGUGCGAAAUCCUUAGGUUUGAACCCUCCCGAGGAUGUGGAGGAUCUCUUGAAAUCUGGCAAGGCUGAAGCCGAGUGUUUGUGGGAUGGUCGGGUUUAGCUUAAACUUACUUUUCGAUCACCCUAAAUUGACAUCGUUAUUACCUUGUGUUAUAUUAGGAUUGCUAUAAAAGUAAAAUGUUGUAGAAUUGUCUUAGCUGUCAACUAGAAGAUGUCCAGCAUCUGGCUGGACUGCUUGGAUUAGUCUAAUGCAUUUGCUAUUUGCCUUCUAUCUGAAACGUUCUUCUGGAUGAUGGAGUUGCUUUGUUGUUGAGCUUUGAAAUCCGGACUUCGUAUAAUGGAAGCUUUAGUCCACUACUAGUAUUAUUCCUAUGCUUGUUUAGCUGGCGACCUUUGUGGUGCAAUUGAUUGAUACGGUUCAUGUUUGCUCAGAAUGAAUGUGAUAAAACUAUAUGGUUGUGGUUAGUGAAUCUUGGUUAUCUUUUGAAGUUUCAAAAAUUGCAUGUCCGGGUCACCAUGUGGGUUGUACUUUUCUAAUUAACUAUCCUUUUUCAAUUGCUG